CAGAAGAUAAGAUUAAAAACCGCAUUGAGUCAGAUUCAGUCGUAUUUGUGUGAAAAGAGGAGUCAAACCUAAACCUACCAAGAUGGCAAUGUCCGGAGUAAAACUGACUGAAUCCUGUAUGUCAACAUACAACGAUAUUCAGAAGAGUAAGAAACACAGAUACGCCAUCUUCAUGAUCAAAGAUGGACAGAUUGAUGUUGAGAAGGUCGGAGACAGAAACAACAGUUUCGAGGAUUAUCUAUCCGACCUUCAUCAGAAGGACGGAGAGGCUGAGGACUGCAGGUAUGGCCUCUACGACUACGAGUACAAGUAUAAUCCCGACGGAGCUGAGUCUACCUUCAAAUCCAAGAUAUUCCUGAUGAGCUGGUGUCCUGAUAGCUCAAGGAUUAAGAAGAAAAUGCUCUACUCAUCCAGUUUCGAUACUCUGAAGAGAGCAUUUGUCGGCGUGCACAAGGUUAUCCAGGCCAAUGACAAGAGUGAAUGCGCACAAGAUGCUGUAGAGGAGAUCUUGAGAUCUACAGAUAGAAACUAGUUCAACCCCGACCCCCUGGCCUAUGAUGUAUUUGUGUGAUAUAUCGUGAUAAUUUCGCAUUUAAAAAAUAUUAUUUCAAUCUGAGCUGUAAUUUUAGUACAUGUGGUUCUAAAUAACAUUUUAACUAAAUCUACAA